GGAGGAGCCGCCAAGGCUGUGCUGGCUGGCAGUGUCAACAGUGCAACGCGAGGCUGGACGUUGAACUCUGGAGUGGUGCUGGCAAAAUCCCUGCCCAGGGAGAAGGGCCCUCCUCAUUCGCCUCUCCCUGUCUCCUGAGGCGAGACCCGGCAGAGGCCCGCGCUCGCCUGUUGGAGCUCCACCUGUUGUCGGGCUCAGUUGCGAAGGGAACUUCUGCGGCCUGUUUCGGGGGGGUACAGGGGAAGGAAGACUUCGAAAGCGUCCUCGCCUUUCUCCCUCAGCGCGAUGCCCGUGGCGGGCUCUCUGAGGGCCAAAUUCCGCCGGCGGCGCAACCCCGCGGAGGACAAGGUCUCCAUCCUCGCAGAGGAGGAACGGCGGGAAGUGGAAACCCCGACGGCUGCCGAAGGCCAGCCUGAAGAAGAGGAGUUGUCUGGCUGCGCCUCCAAAACAGUGGCCUUUGCCGCCCUCCCGGACAACUACCAGCCUCUCGCUUGGGACGGCGAGCAGCCGCCGCCGCCGCCGCCGCCGCUAAGGAAAACGGAGCGCGCAAGUAAGGCGCGCAAGAGGAGACUUAAGAAAUACGGCAAGAAUGUGGGCAAAGUGUUGCAGAAAGGAUGCAGCUAUCUGAUCCUUGGCCUGCAGGGUUUGGCCAGAGCCUACACUUCACCAUUUGGCUUGGCUGUUUCGAUGAGUACAUCAGUGCGAUAGAUCUGACUACUUUUUGAGGAGGACAAGGAUGACGAAGACAACAAUGACAACAACGCAACUGAGGAGGACAGCAAUUUCUUCUUUGCUUAUAUAUGCUUCAUCUUCUGUAAAUGCCCCCAAAGCAAGAAGGAGGAAAAUGGAUCCAGUUUUGCAUUUUUUGUAAAAAAAACAUUUAGCUGUUUUUAUGAUUCUCUAAGUGCUUUAAUACCAAUCAAUUAAAACGAAUAAGUAAUGCCAAAGGUAUAAAACUAAUUAACUGGGUCAGAUUUAAACAUAUAUAAACCCCCUUGGGAUUCAGUCCAUUCAAAAAAUAAUGAAAAAAGGAAAAGAUAAAGGAUGAUAGGAGAGAGAGAAGGCAAAAGGAGAGAAGUUAAGGAAAGAGAAGAGAAGUAAUUGCUUUUUUGACAAGACCACAUUGCCAUCAAAAUGCUGGCCGAUGAUCUGACAUACAAGCACUACAAGCUUCUCCAAAAUGUCAUGCUAGGAAAGAUUAUAAUAGCAUAGCAUCUGUAUGUUUAGCCAGAGGAGUAUUGUGAGAAGCAGACCAACUGAGAAGAGUUGAAGAAGAAUGUGGACUCCAAAAGAGAAACUAAUUGCUCCCCCCAAAAAUAUUAAGACAGAUAUGGUUCGUGAAUCUUUCAUAUAGUACCCAAUAUAGGCUUAAACUCUCCUUAUGAAGUACAGAAAUUUGCAGUUUCACUGUCUGGAAUAAACUGUCUGUCACCAAUGUAUUUUUUUAAAAAAUCAAGUAGGGUAGUGAGGAGGAAGACUGAGGAAAGAUUGUGUAGCAGAGACGGAGCAAAUCAGGAGAAUGGUACUGAAAGAUCAGAAUGUGGAGUCCUUCAGUGUGUGUCUGGUCUAUAGUCCCCUCAACUCUAGCAGUUUCAAAGUCCACAUGAAUUGAGAAGAGAUACUGUAGACUGUAGGUUCGGUUUUCACCAUUCAGCAGAGAUUCUGGGCAAACUACUUUUUUAUAGGGGACAUAGACGGGCAUUUGUUUUUCUAAAGCAGCUUAUAUUCUUAUUGCUUUAAUGUAGUGGUGAAAGGUAUGCUUACCCUUCUAGGCGACUCAUGCCUUUAUUCUUUCUCAUUUGUAUGUCUGUAAGAUGCUCCACUUGAGAAUUCUGGGAGUUGAAGUCCCCUCAUCUUAAAGUUGCUAAAGUUGAGAGACCCUAAGCUAUUGGAAUAGAUUGCAUUUCUCUAGACCUUCUAGUGAUA